AUGAGCCACGAAGAGCUCUUGGCGCACCAGCUCGACCUGCACCACAAGAUCCAGCAGCAGAUGCAGCUGCAGAUGGAGAUGAGCAUGCAAUUAGGGGCGCGCCAGUCGCUCGCCAAGGUCGAGCCGGACCUCGGCGACAGUGUCUUUGACAUGCUGGACGACCUGAUUAUGAUCCCGUCGGGCGCGAUUGCCUCGUCCGAGCGCGGGUCGCUGUCGAAGCAAGCGCGGGAGAAGGCCAGGGGCACGACGGGUGAGGACGAGGACGAAGAUGGGACAGACGACAAGCGCUUGUCCGGUGCAAUGGGGUCGGGCAGCGUGAGCAGCAGUCGCGACAGCCUCGCCGAUAUUCUCGAGUCUCUGGACAUGGACCUGGAUGUAGACGACGACCAUGACCGCGACCGGGACGACGCAGACGGAGAUAAUGACGAUACGCUGUCGUGUGGCAGUGGACGGUCGAAAGCGUCUGGGAACAGUGGCACGCUAGACGAAGGAGACUUGGACGAUUUGCGUCUGGAGCUGGACAACCUCGACCUCGACUCCGAUGUCCACUAUGGCUCGGACCAAAGCUCGAGCACGGACAAAGCAGACAAGAGCGAAGCAAUGAAUGAACGGGCGCCACCAGCUGCUGAAGAAGAGUUUGUGCACUUGCGCCGGUCGUCGCUGGACCUGCUCGCGUCGAUGCGAAACAGUACAUCGGGUAUGAUGAAUCACAACGUGACGGCCAAUAUGUGUACGUUGAUAUGGGAAGGAGGGUUGCUGGGACUGAGGCUGCGGCAUUCGCAGUCGCAAUCGAUGCCAGCCGUGUCCAAGAUCACGGGCAAGAGCUCGAUUUUCGGCAUCCACCUUGUCGACGUUGGCGACUUGUUGUUGCAGAUUGGACAUCAAAGCACACGGGAUAUGGAGUUUGACGACGCGAUCAGGUACUUGAAAGAGGUUGCAAAGCCUUGUCGACUCGUUUUCCGACGGCUAAUGGCCGACCCGAUGGCAGUAAAGCCAGUACAACCAAAGGUGAUGAGCACGAUUGGGUUGAAGCUUGCCGCCAAGUUCGAAGAACUGACGGCAGCGGAGAAUGAGAAGUAUCCGCCGCAACCAGCUGUGAAGCUCGAGUCCAAGUACGAGAUUAAGUGGCUCGAUGGACCGCUCGGGAUCAGUCUUAUUGCGAGUAAAGACAUACCGUACCCUCUAGUGACGCGCAUUACGGGAAAGAACCGCUCGCCGCAGGUCCAGGACGUUCAGCCAGGGCACUACCUGGUACAGAUUGGCAACUACAGCACUACCGAUGGAAAUUUUAACACGGCGAUCAAGUUUUUGCAAAAGGUGCAGAAGCCAGUGUCGCUAUUUUUUUGCCCGGGCAACAAGAAGAUGUCGUCUCGACCGGAUCCUACCGAUGAUGAGUAUGACCACAUUUGGGAAAAGAAGCAGCCGCUGUGUUUUACAGUCCGGCCAAAUGCUGCUGGUCACAUGGUUGUAGCAGACUUGGGUAGCGCUAAAUCCAUAAAGGUGAAGAUCAAGGGUGCGCCGAAUAAUGUGGCAGCGUUUGUGAGCUCAGGGGACCGCAUCGUGUGGAUCAAUGACGAAAGCGUGAAAGACCUGAGUUUCCACGAAUCGUUGCUCAAGCUGCGCACAGCCAAGCGUCCACUGGUCAUUCGGUUCAAGAAGGGCUCUCCCGAACACGCGAUCGCUGGUUUGACGUCCGCUAGCAUACAGUCUGGACCCAAGUUCGCAGCUUUGACGCCAUCACUGGCAUCAUCUUCCGUAUCGUCGUCGAUGUCCUCCACCUCAUCGUCGCUAUCACUUUCUUCUACCACUUCGUCGUCCUCUGCGAGGGAAAAUGUAGCGCUUGCAACCGAGACAUCACCUCCCAAGUCUGUGCAGCCACCAGCAGUUCCACUUCCACCUCGAAGCUUCAUGAAUCCGCUGAAAAAGAUGAGCAUAGCUCUUGGCAAUCACUCAAAAGACAAUGCUCAUACUAUGUCGAGCGCGAAAAUGCAGAACGAGCACAGGAAAUACCAGGAUAAACAGGCACAUCAGCCGCCGCCGCCACCACAGCAACAGCAUCAGCAGCAACAGUUGCAGCCGCAUGCAGCCCCAGAAGCGUCUCAAAGCAGAUAUCGAGGCCACGCCGAUCAGGAAGCAAAACGAUCGGCUCAUGAUGCGAGACAAGUGAAUACACCGCCAUCCACUGCACAAAGAAAUUCAGCACAGGGUUCAAGAGGAGGCUACCUCACUACUGCGUCUGAUGUGGUGCUCACGAGUAAGGACCCAUCUCCUCGAUCGGCGUCUGGUUCAGACCACAUUAGUGGAGUUCGGAACGACACGCAUUAUCGCGCUGCGGAUACACAGAAUAAAGCACGCAACCUGGAGCAGGGACUGCGCAAAUCGCCACUGGUAAAGUCUGUUAACGACCCGAUUGACAGCGACACGCCGUUGAAACCGCUUUCACAGAGCGGUCAUCACCCCGGUUCCUUGCCUCACAUAUUGAGUAGCGAAGCCAGCAGCUCAAUGGAAAAGGAACGGGCGAUGGAUAACGACGUAUACGAGGUCGUGUGGCCUGAGGGCACGGCUCUUGGUCUGACGCUGCGAGUGCAUCCGACGACGAGAUUUCCCGUGGUGGCUCGCGUGACUGGCACUAGCAACCUCAAGAACAUUGAGCAUGUGUCACCGGGGGACAUUUUGUUUGCGGCCAACAACAUGAACAUUGUGCCGCAGCCAAAGUUCAAGCAGACUCUCGAGAACUUGUCACGUUUGCCAAAGCCUGCAGUGUUGCGCUUCCGGCGUUCAUCACCUGCGGCAUAUGCGGCAGGACGGGCGGAGGAGACGGAUCAGACGCUGCUGCGUGGACCGCCGUUGAAUGACCGCGAGUAUGAGCUCGUUUGGCGAGAGAAUGCCAACCUCGGGCUUGUGUUUAGCUCGGAUGCGGACGUGCCAAAGGUGACGAAGGUGGACAUGGACUCGGGUGGGCCCAUGCUGCACAAGGUGUCGGUUGGAGACGUGUUGACGUGGAUUGGGCCCAUGGAGAUCAGCGGGUCAUCUUUUCACUCGUCCAUGGCGACACUGCGCGCCGUCAAGCGGCCUGUCGUGUUACGCUUUUACAAACGUCGGACAUGA